AUGUUGAAACCGUCGCACCUAAUCAACACUCAUGGCCAGAAACGAAAGCCGGGAUGGUCACCAGUAAAGAGCAAACACACAAAAUACAUGCAUCCUUAUGCGGCCAAGUCAAAGCCUGAAGUCCCAAAAUGCGGACCCUACAAGGUUUUGUAUGAAAAGGAGUACACUACAAGAUUGAGUGGACUCAACAAAUUUGGGCUUGAUCAUACGCACAUGCCUCCUCAUAUUUGGGCAUUAACCCUGAACGUUCAAAAUCUUUACCAGUGCAAAAUUGAACCCGCUUUCCAGGAGACGUACAGGAGUGGUGCGAAAACUACUCGGCCUCGUCACACACCAAGUAUUGAUCAGCAGGAUGUCGUUCUAGCCAUCACCAUACUUAUUACCAUCGUGGCCAUGUGGUACAUCCUCCAUCAGAUGAACGUGGUCAAGCCGGAGGUCAUCUAUGCCAGACGGAAAGUGCGUGGGACAAGCAUGGAAAAGCCGUCGGAUACGCUGGGAGCAACAUCCACACUCUUCGCAGGGGUUCCUGGAGACCUCGACACUAACCUGAUUCGUCGUCAACCCUUAUCAAUACUUCACCGGGAUAUUACGGACAUGGUCUGGAACCAACGGACCAUCCUCAACCCCUGGGUUCUCCGCCUCCAGACGAAGGACGUCUACCGAAUCUUAGCGGUUUCACGGGUCUUCGUCAAGGGCAUUCUACACUCCUGGAAGCUGUACAAGUAUCAGGAUUACUUAUACCCGUACCCUGAUCCCAUGAGCGAUACCCUCGAUUUAGCGAUUUAG